AUGGAGUCACCGCUACCCAAAGCGCCACAGAAAAGGCAAGUGACCGCCAUUAUUAUCCUAAUACUGUUAAUACUGUGGGAAGUGGGGAGUACGACCAUUAAGUAUUCGGUUCUAGAGGAGAGGGAAAGCGGCUCCUUUGUGACCAACCUCGCAAAAGAUCUGGGGCUUGGGUUAGGGGAGCUGGCCGUGCGGGGUGCUCGAAUUCUUUCCAAAGGGAAUCAACAGUAUUUGCAGCUGGAGCAGAAGAGUGGGAAUUUGCUGUUAAAAGAAAAAUUGGACCGGGAAGAGUUGUGCGGUGACACAGAUCCAUGUGUACUGCAUUUCCAGGUGUUACUAAAAAGCCCAGUGCAGUUUAUUCAAGGUGAACUACAGCUACAAGAUGUAAAUGACCAUGCUCCAGAAUUCCUGGAAAAUGAAAUCCUCCUGAAAAUCUCAGAAAGCAGUCAUCCAGGGACUGCAUUUCCUUUGAAAAUAGCUCAAGAUUUAGACGUGGGCAGUAACACAGUUCAGAACUACACCAUUAGCACCAACUCCCAUUUUCACCUUUUCACUCGAAAUCACAGCGAUGGCAGGAGAUACCCUGAGCUGGUGCUGGACAAAGCGCUGGACCGGGAGGAGCAGUCAGAGCUCAGGUUAACGCUCACGGCCCUGGAUGGUGGGUCACCGCCUAGGACUGGGACUUCUCAGGUUCUCAUCUUAAUCUUGGACAUAAAUGAUAAUGCUCCUGAAUUUGCCCAGCUGCUCUAUGAGGUGCAAAUGCCAGAAAACAGCCCUAUAGGCUCCCUUGUCAUCACUGUGACUGCUAGAGAUUUAGAUGCUGGGACCCACGGAGAACUCUCCUACUCAUUUUUCCAAUCCUCAAAUCAAGUGAUUCAGGCCUUUGAAAUAAACUCAGUCACAGGGGAAAUUCGAUUAAAAAAAAUGUUGGAUUUUGAAGAAAUUCAAUCUUAUCGUAUGGAAAUUGAGGCCUCAGAUGGCGGGGGACUAUCAGGAAAAUGCUCUAUAGCCGUAGAAGUGAUGGAUGUAAACGACAACACUCCGGAACUGACUAUGUCAGUAUUCACCAGUGAUAUCCCGGAAAACACCCCUGACACGGUGGUGGCAAUUUUUGGAAUUUCAGAUCCAGACUCCGGGGAAAAUGGCAAAACGAAGUGUUCCAUCCAAGACCAUCUCCCCUUCCUUCUGAAACUUACUGUAGAAAAUUUCUACACCUUAGUAACUGAAGGAGCGCUGGACAGAGAGAGCCAGGCCGAGUACAACAUCACCAUCACCGUCACCGAC